AGGAAACGAUUAAAUUAAAACAAGAACUAUCCAUGAUAAAAAUACUGGAGGAAGAAUCAUUGUCUGUUCAAAGUGAUACUGAAUCAGUUAAAGAAGUUGAGGAAGAACCACUUUAUGAAGAGUUGACUAUAUUGAGCUCUCAGUUUAAUGAGAUAAAAGAAGAAAACAAAGAAUUGUCAGACAAAUUAUCAAAAAUGAAGGUUGAGUAUUUGAGAUUACUUUCACUUUCUAGUAAUACGUACUGAUUCAGCUGCUAGCAAAUUGAGACAAGGAAUGUCUUUUGAACUUGAUGACUGCAAAUUUCAUCUUAAAGCAAUGACAAGACCAGACUAUCAGCCAUUAGUAGAUAAUAAAAGAAUAAUAGAGAAAUUACAAGAAAGAAUAACAUUAAUGAAUAUGGAACUAAUGACUGAAAGAGAACAUAAUGAGAAGAUUAUAAAAGAUAUUAAAGAUUUGAAAAAUGAAGAGACUGAGGGUGCUGGAGAUAUAGAGGCUAGAAAUAAAAUGAUUGAGUAUGAUAGUCUGAAUGAUGAAACAAAGGAUCAAAUAUGUUUAUUCACAUUGUAUUGUAAUCAUCCUGUUACUGGCAAAUUUAUGGAGUCAAUACUUGAAAUACAUAAAGAUGAAUUACUACCCACAGUACUGGAUAAAGCUUAUGAGUUAAAUGAAAUUGGCUCCUCAUAUUCCUAUUGAGAGAUGUCGUUUAGUUAAAUAUGAUUAUUUGUAUGAUUUAAUGGAGCAAUCCUUGGAUCUUGAUGAGUUUCAGCAUCAAACUAUUGGACAGAUUGUGGGUGGAGGUAGACAUUAUUAUCCUUUUGAAUUAUUCAUAGAAACUCGAGAAGAGAAUGAAACUUUUGAUAAAUACCAUGAUGGAGGUAUUAAUCUAAAGAUAUCAGUGGUUGAUCUGUCAACUGGUGAAGUAGGACCAGCUAAACCAGUGAGAGUUGAGAAAGGUUGGACUGUUGAAGAAUUAAAACAACAUAUAGGAGAAAUAUAUAAUCUCAAUUCAUCAUGUAUGAGAUUAGUAGUGAAGAAUUAUAAUGAAGUUACUGAUAUUAGUGAUGUAGGAUGUACUUUAGACAAGAUAUUCAGAAAGUCAAAAUACCUUCACAGACAAUUAGUGUAUGUAUCGGCAAAUCCUAAAGAUUAUAAAAAAGAAUAUGAAGAUAGUUUGAUGUACAGAUAUGUUGGUCUUCCUGUCAACUUAAUACUACUGGACAUUACACUACCCCCUGGACCUGAAGCCGCACCCACUACAGCUAAUAGAAAAAAAGGAAGAGUACCGGUAAUAAUGAAAAUUAUAUCAAUGGAGAAUAAAGGAAAAGAAAGAAGUAAAAUAAAUAUUAACUUGUCUUGUACUAUAUUGCAAUUUUGCGCUACCAAGCAAAAUUUAAUGAACCGUAGGGCUCUCUUUUUUUGAGGGCUAUAUAUAUAUUUUGCAGAUUUUUCCUGAAAAUGCAAAUAUUGUGGCCUUGAACAAAGAUUAUAAUUGCAAGGGGGUGUGUCAACAUGUUACAGGGGGUUUUAAAGUAGGGCUGGGACAAAUGUUGGAACAUUUGAAUGUUUGUUCAUUAAGAGCAUUCGAGUGCUGCAGCAGGCAUGCAAUGAUGCAAAUGUUAUAAGUAAUAAGUAAGUACAUCAGUAGGUAUGGUAUGUACCACAUUUACUAAUCAAUGACAUAUACCGUAUGAGUACAAAAUUUUGUUGGGGAUUAAUUGUCACUAUUUUUGCUGUGAGCACUAAUUUGUGAAAAUUUAACCCCAUGAAGAAAACGGGAAAUUAAACACAGGAAAUUUAAUAUUUCCCCAAAAUUGUGAAAAUGUAUCACUGGGAAUAUUUGUAUACCUAUAUGGUAACUUAUUUAGUAAUAAGAUAUGAGUACAUUGUACAUGUAUAAACCAUUGAGCUAUACACUCUACAUGUAGUGUCCUGCAUUUAAUUAAAGUGAUCUAACAACAAACUAAUUAAUUAAUAAGAAUCUAAUUCCAUGGUGCAAAUAUUCAAACAUAUUUUGUUCAUUUUGGUUAAUAGAAUGUUUGAAUGCUCCUCUAUUUUAAAGUAAAGAUGGUGUUUUUGGACUAUAGUUUCUGGCAGUAGAGUAUUAAUGCUCUUUCGCUUUUUCCAAACUCUGCUGGUCCUCUGUCAAAUCAUGUACCUCAGAGAGCAAUUGUGUCAGUUAAAGGGUGUGAGGGAGGUAUGAUUUGCAAAAUUUACUUUCCCUAAAAAAGGAGUUUGAAAUUUAUAGUCCUUGAAAAAGAGUGUCCUACAGUGUGUGGAGUUUAAUUUUGCUGGUGUAAGUGUGAGCUCUUAUACGAUACACCCAUCAAUGCUUUGUGGAAUAAAUUGUGCAUUUUUGUAAUA